AGAGCCUUCUGGAUAACUGAGAAUCAGGAGGAGCAUUAAAAAGGAAAGCACAUCAAGCCAGGAAUCAAAAUUUUUCCACUUCCUGCAGAAAAGCACAAAACCCUUCUCCUUCCCCAGCAGGUGACAGACAAGGGAGAGAAAAACAGGAAGAGAGUUUUCAGCUGUAAAACAUGGAGUAUGUUGAACUCAAGGGAACCUUACCUGAAAAGGUCAAGGGGGAGAAUUUCCAAAUUCAGAAAAAGAGAGAACUAUGUGGGAGAAGCAGAGAUUGUAGAUCACGGCUGAUUAUUCAGGAGAGGAUCCACACCAGAGAAAAGCCAUACAAAUGCUCCAAAUGUGGCAAAAGCUUUACUUGCAAGAGCUCCCUGGUGAUUCAUCGAAGGACCCACAGUGGAGAGAAGCCAUACCAGUGCUCUCAGUGUGGCAAAAGCUUUACCAGACACGCCAGCGUGGUGUAUCACAGGAGGACUCACUCCGGAAGGAAACCGUAUGAGUGUCCGGAUUGUGGGAAAAGUUUCAGUCUGAAUUCCCACCUGGUGAUACACCAGAGAACUCACACGGAAGAGAAACCGUAUGAGUGUCCAGAUUGUGGGAAGAGUUUCACUCGGAAUUCCAACCUGGUGAUGCAUCGGAGGACUCACAGAGGAGAGAAACCGUAUGAGUGUCUGGAUUGUGGGAAAAGUUUCAGUCUGAAUUCCCACCUGGUGAUACACCAGAGGACUCACAGAGGAGAGAAACCGUAUGAGUGUCUGGAUUGUGGGAAAAGUUUCAGUCUGAAUUCCCACCUGGUGAUACACCAGAGGACUCACACGGAAGAGAAACCGUAUGAGUGUCCAGAUUGUGGGAAGAGUUUCACUCGGAAUUCCAACCUGGUGAUACACCAGAGGACUCACACAGGAGUGAAACCUUAUGAGUGUCCGGAUUGUGGGAAAAGUUUCAGUCUGAAUUCCAACCUGGUGAUACAUCAGAGGACUCACACAGGAGAGAAACCGUAUGAGUGUCUGGAUUGUGGGAAAAGUUUCAGUCUGAAUUCCCACCUGGUGAUACACCAGAGGACUCACACGGAAGAGAAACCGUAUGAGUGUCCAGAUUGUGGGAAGAGUUUCACUCGGAAUUCCAACCUGGUGAUACACCAGAGGACUCACACAGGAGUGAAACCUUAUGAGUGUCCGGAUUAUGGGAAAAGUUUCAGUCAGAAUUCCAGCCUGGUGGAACACCAGAGGACUCACACAAGAGAGAAACCGUAUGAGUGUCUGGAUUGUGGGAAAAGUUUCAGUCUGAAUUCCAACCUGGUGAUACAUCAGAGGACUCACACAGGAGAGAAACCGUAUGAGUGUCUGGAUUGUGGGAAAAGUUUCGUUUGGAAUUCCCAGCUGGUGGUGCACCAGAGGACUCACACAAGAGAGAAACCACAUGAGUGUCCAGAUUGUGGGAAGCAUUUCACUCGGAAUUCCAGCCUGGUGAUACACCAGAGGACUCACACAGCAGAGAAACCGUAUGAGUGUCCAGAUUGUGGGAAAAGUUUCAGUCGGAAUUCCAGCCUGGUGAUACACCAGAGGACUCACACAGGAGAGAAACCAUAUGAGUGUCCGGAUUGUGGGAAAAGUUUCAUUCGGAAUUCCAACAUGGUAAGACACCAGAGGACUCACACAGGAGAGAAACCAUAUGAAUGUCCAGAUUGUGGGAAAAGUUUCAGUCGGAAUUCCCAGCUGGUGAUGCACCAGAGGGCUCACACAGGAAUGAAACCGUAUGAGUGUCCGGAUUGUGGGAAAGAGUUCAGCCUUAGGUGUAGCCUUAUAAAUCAUGUAGGUUUACACAUAGGAGAGAAACCGUUCAAAUGCCCAGACUGUGGACGGUGCUUCACAAACAAUUCCUCCCUCAGCAGACACAAGAAAAGGCACAUGAGGCAGAAAGUGAUGAGUGUAGAGAAGGCUUGAAUUUCACAUCUCAUUUCCCAUUAGACGUCCAGCUGAAAAUUAUUUAAAUUCUGGCCUGAUUCUUUGUAGUGAAACAUGUCUCAGUAUUAGAGAUGAGGGGGGAGAGAAAAAAAAAUGGAAAAUGUUAGUUUGAGAAUGGCUAACUACACUGAUCUGGCUAUCAGCAGAGCUUCCCAUUAAGCUGCUACAGGUCCUAAAAGUUAGACGAAAAAAAAUGGGAGCGCUCAGAUUUUACGAGAGAAUCCAUUAGGGACAAGUGUGGCAGUAGUGUAAAGUUUCAGAUGUAGAGGCUCUUCUGCCUUGCAGUUGAACAGGGCUUCUUUUUAGGUUUUCCCUAAGAAUGCCUAGAAGUAAAGUGUGGAAAAUUAUUUGGAGCCGCUAAGUGGCAUUUUAGCUCUGAAGAUCAAUGAUCCUCAUUUUGCUGAGUUCAGAAGACACCAAAGAAUUCAAGGCUUGUUCAUUGCAGGGACCGAAUUCAGAGAUCAGGUUAUAAUCCCCUUUUUCCCCCAGUAGAUCACUUUGCAUAUGAUCCCUCUGCAGGAGGAGACCCAACAGCCAGGACCAGGCCAGGGGUGGGGAGGAAGCAAGAGGCUCUUUUGGCCUUAGGCACAAGCUCCGAGUGGGUUCAAAUUGAAACAUUUGCAAAGUUGUUAAACUUUAAAAUAUUCAAAUUAAAUUUAAUUGUCUCCUCCUUCCUCUCUCUUGCUCUUUUUUGGUGCUGUAUUGUUGUGCACAUCUGUUACGAUGUCCCAUUUUAUCAUGGGCUGGAGCUGCAAACGCUUCUUUCCCUAAGGAUUUAUUGUGUAAGUUUGCCAUUUUGGGGGCAUUGCCCACUCUAGGGCUCCAUCCUCUGGGAUAUGGAUGGUGUCAGUGCUUUUAUAUAAAGAUCCAUCCUGCAGCCAGAACUUUUCUCCUAGAAGAUACAGAUGGAGAAGCCCUGCUCAGGACCGCCAGUCUCUUGCUCUCGUCCCGUUCUUGAAUUUCUCCCCAUAUUUAGCGGUUG